GCUGUGGUGAAAUUACUAACAGUGUUUCUUCGCAUUUUUUGAGUGAUAUUAUUGAAUAUUCAUUGAAAAUUGUGUUGAUUCAAGUUAGUAGUGAUUUGUAAAUGUGACCUGAAGUGAUAUUUGCCUUGUGAAUUAGAUUUUCGUGUGAAAAAUGGGCAAUUUUCUAAGACAUUCACCAGUGAGGUUAUACUCCUUUUGGACAGGUUUUAUCUCUCGAAAUUUCGUGAAGUUUUUAGCCUUUGUGAUGACUAUGCUGGACAAAUGCCUGGAGAUACCAAGGAGCAUCAUCUCUACGAAAGAGAUGUAGCGAGAAAUGCCUUGAAACCCUUGAAAGGCUCCCGGAAAGGUCAGGGAAUGAGCGAAUCCGCACGUACUUGGAGUACCGAAGUCAACUCACUUUAAUGAAUGAUAUGGAAAGUUUCCGGGCUUCUUGUGACAUUCUACGUUUCCCUUACAUGGACAGGAAGAGGACUUGCAGUCUCUCUUAAUGUUACACCCGAAGAGGUGGUUUCGUCAACAAGUAAAUCAGGCCCUAAACCGGUUCGUAAGCGUGCUCUAUCCAAGGAUGAAGACGUGACGAAGCCCAAGAGACGACGUCGCGGACGCAAACCAAUGGCAGCCAAAGCGGCUGACAAGGGGGCAGUGAAGCGAAAAAAGGGUCGGCCACGAUUGAAGCCGCUAAGAGAGGAGGGUGGAUUACAGUCACCUGCCACGGACACCACCUGUAGUACGCCCCGUUUCCGUGGUCCCUACGUUCAGGUGAGAGGCAACGGGGUGGCGUGCGUGAUCAAUACGCCGCAAACGGAGGAAGAUGGUGAAAGGGUAAGGGGCGUCUCCAUAGUCAUGCUAGCAACGAGAGGCGCAAGAUUCGGGGAUUGCAUGUCAGUACACUGAGCACAAAGUACGAUGCAGACACCACAGAUGCCACUU